CUUUCUAAAGAAGCAAAAGUCAGGUGCAGAUCAGGGCCAAACAGAUCCCAGUCCCAGCGUCAGCUGUCUUAGUGAACCAUAUGUAGGUGGUGGACAGGGAAGUCAAGAAGAGAAAGAUGACACACAAGAACCCAGUGUAUCACCAGCAGAAUUUCAGAGUGAGACGGUUAUUUCUACCAGUGAUGAGGAAGACGGUGAUGAGGAAGACAGCGAGCCAGUCCUAAUAGAAAAAGAACAAUGCACUGAACUCCCCACACCCAGCACAAGCAUCACGUGCACCAAAAGGACCAAGUGACAUCUCAAGAUCGAAGGAUGAAGAACCUGUUCAGCCAUGUCUCGCCAGGUUUCCACGAACCCCAUUUGGAAAAUUUACAAGGUCAUUCAACAGCUUUUGGUAUAAGGACAAUCCAUGGCUAGAGUAUUCUAAGUCAAAAUGCGAGUUACUGCUUUGCCUGCCACCACUUUUGCCUCCCAGGUUCCACGGAAUCUGCCUUUACAUCUGAAUUUGGGUUUUCCAACUGGAAAAAGGCAUUAUUUAAAGAUUCUGGUUUUAAACUUCACUCAAGAUCAGACCAACAUGCAAAUGCAAUGUAUGCUUGGGCAGAAUACAAAAGAAGCAGGGAAAGUGAGAAAUCAAUAUAUGAUGCCUUAAAUGAGAAGAGACAACUGCAAGUUGAGAAAAAUAAAAAUUACAUCAAGACAAUUGCUGAGGUCUUACUCUUAACUGCUACUCAAAACAUUGCACAGAGGGGCCACAGGGAGGGUGGUGAGUCUGAGAAUGAAGGCAAUUUCUUAGCCAUUUUGAAUCUUGUUGCAAAGCAUGACCCCUUUAUUGAUGAAAGACUUGCUGCACAGGGCAAUGCUAAGUACACUAGCCACCAAAUCCAAAAUGAGAUGCUUCAGGUUUUAGCAGAUAUGGUGCAGAAGCCAAUUAUUGCAGAAGUAAAAGAAAGCGAAGUGUUCAGUGUAUUGGCAGAUGAAACAAAAGACUUGCAAAAAAAAGAACAAAUGUCUUUAGUGCUGCGAUACUACUACAGCGGUGCUGUACAUGAAAGCUUUUUGCACUUUCAGUCAGCAGAAAGCUUGGAUGCAGAGGGUCUAACCAAAAUGAUAGUUGGAUGUUUGGAGAGGCAUGGGCUUGACUACAGAAACAACCUUGUUGGCCAAGGCUAUGAUGGUGCAUCAGUAAUGAGCGAGAAACAUUCUGGUGUGUCUGCACGGAUUAAAAGCAAUGCCAGGUUUGCAUUUUAUGUGCAUUGUAGUGCUCAUUGUCUGAACCUUGUUCUUGUUGAUGCGGUGAAGUCAGUGCCUGAAGCUGAGGAGUUUUUUGCUCUUUUGCAGAGUAUUUAUAGGUUUGUGUCUGGCUCUGCUGUCCAUAUGAAGUGGCUUGAUGUUCAAAAAGAAAUGUAUCCACAUGAAAAGCCUAGGGAACUUCAGCGACUUUCAGAUGUUAGGUGGGCUUGCCGGUACAUGGCAUGUAGGACUAUGAGAGACAGGCUUCCAGCAGUUUUGAGGCUCUUGCGAGACAUUUCACUUGAGAAGAAUAGUGGAGAUAGGAAAAUAGAAGCAAAGGGUCUUUUUGCUCAAAUUGACCUACAGUUUAUAGGACUUUUGGUUACUUUUUGUAAAGUGUUUGGGGAUGUGAAAAUCCUGUCUGACAUGCUCCAAUCCAGAAGUCUUGAUCUGGUUAGAGCAAUAGAUCUAGUUGGCUCCCUUACAGACACAUUAAAAAGCUACAGAAGUGACUGUACAUUUGGUGAAUUAUGGAAGGAGAUUGAAGAACUUGUGCACCACUGCAACAUUAGCACAGAAACACAAAACAAGAGACGACCAAAGACCAAUUUGAAAUUUCUGAAUUCACUUGUAAUGAGCACUGUUGGACAGAGGCACUCUUGAGUUUGCAAACAAUGAAGAGUUCAAUAAAAGUGUUUUCUAUCAGGUACUUGACUGUCUUACAGCAGAAAUAGAUAGGCGUUUUUCCAAAAAGAACUGAGAUAAUGGAAGGAGUGCAGUGUCUUGACCCCAAAAGCCCAUCAUUCUUAAAAGAGGAACCCCUGCUUGCUUUGGGGAAAACAUUCGAGUCAGAUUUAGAAGACCUUAAGCAUGAGCUUCAUCAAGUGAGACGGCUUCUUUUAAGGGAGAAAAGUGGAGAGAGACCAGCUUCUCUACUUGAGUUUGUGGUGUUUUUGGAACCUUACAUAGAGGUUUUCCAUGAACUUUUUAGGCUUAGUAAAAUUUCAGUUGUGAUUCCAGUUAGCACUGCAUCCUGUUGAAGGGUGAGGGUCGAAAUCCCUUGUCUCUUCAGAUAUAUCAAUACAUAUAUAUAUAUCCUUUUAUAUCAAUAUCUAUCUAUAUUCUGUUGCUUAACUUCUUUAAUAAAAUGAUGAAUUAACUAUAUGCAUGAUUACAUAAUCAAUUUUAUUUUUCUUAUGCAUAACUGAAAUAUACUUUGAAUCUUAUGUGUGUUGGAAUGUUAACUAGUGUCUUUUAAGGAACAUUCCAGAGAGUCUCUCUCUCUGUCCUGCCCGUAGUCUGAAGGUCCUUUGGGGAUAAGCUUAGCUGUGAUGAGAGGGGGCAGGGAGAAUGUUAAACAUAUGUUCCAGAUGUAUUCUGUGGUUGAUUUUUACCUGUCCAUGACUAAUUAUAUGAUUUAAAAUCCUAUGUGAUAGCACUUGAAUAAGUAGAAGUGUAAAUUUUCUCUUAUUAUUUCUUUCCUCUCCUUUGCCUGAGGGGUGAAUAUUUCUUAUCUCACUGUUUUGGUUAAAAUGACCUGAUAAAUGUGUGCUCUGGUUCCCUUGUGCGCAGAGAAACACUGUCGUUCGUCAGUGUUUCGUGUGUGCGUAUUGACCUUCUACCCAGGUUUUGAAUCCAGGGAGACACAGCAGGCAGACUCGAAGACACCAGAAUCUGAGAAUUGUGCUGUUCUGAAUGUUUGUUUUUGUGAACAUGGUGGUGCCGUACCACUGGGUAGAUGCAGGUCAUACCUGGUACAACUUUGUCUAUGAAGUUUAUCAUUAGAGUCAGUGUUAAAGGGAAUUUGUGUUCUAUGUUCUAUUAUUAUUCUUGUGGUACAUAUUUGAAUGUGUACAACUGCCUUGUUUCGACAGGUCCAAGUUUACCUCAGUUUUUGUUUACUACUGUACUUGAUUAGUCCAAGGAGCACUUUGAAUACUUGUUCUAUUUUUGCUGUAUACUUAAUACAUAUAUAAUUGUGUACAUUUUGGA